GGGAAGCCUCUGAAAGAAGCACAAGGUGAAAUCCUGUAUUCUGCCUCAUUUCUGGAGUGGUUUGCGGAGGAAGCUCGCCGGGUUUAUGGUGAUAUCAUUCCAGCGGCUGCAAAAGACAGAAGAAUCCUGGUGCUGAAGCAGCCACCAGUUGGAGUGGCAGCCAUUAUAACCCCAUGGAAUUUCCCCAGCGCUAUGAUUACGCGGAAGGUUGGUGCAGCUCUGGCAGCUGGCUGUACAGUGGUAGUGAAACCUGCAGAGGACACACCUUUAUCAGCAUUGGCUCUUGGGGAGCUUGCAAACCAGGCUGGAAUUCCAGCAGGAGUGUAUAAUGUUGUUCCUUGUUCCAGAGAACAGACACCAGCUGUAGGGGAAGUUCUGUGCACUGAUCCAUUGGUAGCGAAAAUAUCUUUUACUGGCUCUACAGCAACAGGAAAGAUACUGCUGAAACACGCAGCUGGCACCGUGAAGCGAGUUUCCAUGGAGCUUGGUGGACAUGCUCCUUUUAUAGUGUUCGACAGCGCCAAUGUGGACCGUGCUGUUGCAGGAGCUCUCGCUUCUAAGUAUAGAAAUUCAGGGCAGACCUGUGUUUGCACAAAUCGUUUCCUGGUGCAAAAGGGAAUCCAUGACAAAUUUGUGGAAAAGUUUGCUAAAGCUAUAGAGAGAGAACUACACGUUGGAAGUGGAUUUGAUGAAAAAACUACCCAAGGGCCACUAAUUAAUGAAAAAGCAGUGGAGAAGGUAGAGAGACACAUUAAUGAUGCAGUUUCUCAAGGAGCAUCUGUUGUGACUGGAGGGAAACGACACAGCUUGGGGAAGAAUUUCUUUGAGCCAACAUUACUUAGUAACGUUACAACAAAAAUGCUUUGCACCCAAGAGGAGACUUUUGGCCCUUUAGCACCAGUUAUCAAAUUUGAGACUGAAGCAGAAGCUGUUGCUAUAGCAAAUGCAGCUAAUGUGGGUUUAGCAGGGUAUUUCUACUCCCAAGAUCCAGCUCAGAUCUGGAGAGUUGCAGAACAGCUGGAAGUUGGAAUGGUUGGUGUUAAUGAAGGCAUAGUCUCGUCAGUGGAGAGUCCUUUCGGUGGGGUAAAACAGUCUGGCUUAGGGCGAGAAGGUUCAAAAUAUGGCAUAGAUGAAUACUUAGAAAUAAAAUAUGUCUGCUUUGGAGGCUUAUAGAAAUCUCCAAAAAGCACAAUCCCAACAGCUUGGAAAAGAGUGCUGUAGUUUUAUUAAGCUUUUUGAACCAGAAA